ACGAAUAAAAGAAUGAGAAGCUCCACCACCAAGGCGCACAACCAGAACCGCUUCCUCAGAAUCAUCACAGUCCCCAUCAGAGCCUUAGGCAAGGCCAAGGACUUUUACGUCAGAAGCAUGACGGACGUCGGCGACAAGUUCAGCUACGGAGGUAGCACCAUGUCCGGCCCCGGCGGGCAAUUCUCCUCGGGUUUACCCAAAAGUUUCAGCACGAGGUCCUCAUCGUCGAGGUCCAACCAGGGCAGCGAUGACUUUUCCGAGCUGGUGAGGGCUGCAUCGGCCAGGAGCUACGGGACUCGUAUCGACGUGGAUAAGAUACUUCAGGACCAGCUGAAGAGGUCGGCGACGACGACGAGCAUGGGAUCGAGGCAGGUGUUACCUAAGUGCGGCAGCGUGGCCAUGGGGAGAAUUGACGAGGAUGCCCCUUGUGAUUUCGAGGAGGAAGGUGACGUGAAGAAGGACCUGUAUCCCAGAAGCAGAAGCUAUGCCGUCGGAAAGAGAAGCGUUGCGUUUGUUUAGAUAGUUUUCGAAACUCUGUUAGUCUCUCUGCAAGUGUGGAUUAGUUCAGCUAGUUUGGUCGAUCCUUCUGUGAUUGAAAAUUUCAAAGUGUUUGUGUACAGAUCAGGUGUUUAAGAUUUGAGAAAUGGCAUGGCCAGAGUGGUUUGUUUUUAUCGAUCUGUCUAAUAUAUCAGCAACACCAUGAACAAGUUUGUUGCAGAUACAAGCAAAAAUACAUGAUGAAAUGAUGCAUACAAAAGAACAAAUAAUUCAUGGCGUUACUUCUUGGUAUUCU